UCCUUGCCUGACUGGGGUUUUCCCGUUCAAGAAUUCCAGGUGCAGAAAUGGUUGCUUUCAAAGCCGAUCAUUCGAAGCGAGAAGACGUGUACUUCACUAACGAGCGCAGUUUCUUGACGCCCUAAUGUCUCGUCACAAAUCUGGGCCAGUUUCGUGACCGUUGGUUGUCUCUGUUUGAGACUCUCGGAGACCCAUGAGUAAGAAGAGCGGAAAGAGUGAGGCUGGUUCAGCCACCUCACUAAGUGAGGGUCCAGAUCAGGGAAAAGGCAUGACGGACUCUGCAUGCGAUCUGGGGUACCAGUCCAUGAGCUGCUCAACAGCUACGGACAUCUCCAAGUCGACCUGCAGUUUCCUAGACAGUGGCCUGAUCGAGGAAGAACCGCACGCAGAGAGUGAAAGUGCGAUGUCGAAAGUGAAGUUCGACAGUGGCUACUGUGCAGACGUCGCGGGAGAGGCGAGCGACAAGAGGGUACAGAUACAGGCAAAGCUUCUGCACACUCCUCUUUCAUUCAAGGAUAUCUACAGGCAGAAUAGGGACGGCGAUACCUUGCUUCACGUUGCCUGUAUGGAAGGAUGGGCAGACGUUGUGUGGAACUUCAUUCGUGAGACACCGCAUCCAGACCUCCUUGAUAUCAAGAACGAUGCCGGUCAGGCUUCCCUUCACAUAGCCGUCCGGUGCGGUCACAGACACAUUGUUCGUUUCCUCGUCGUUUCGGGUGCAACGAUAGAUGCCAGGGACGAAGCCGGCUGCACGCCCCUCCACCUGGCAUGCCGAGCUGGAAGCUGGCCUCUGGUGCAAGAAUUCUUGUCACCCAUCACACAGCAGGAGGUGGACUUCUUGCGACUAAAGUACAAAGUGGAAGUGCAAAACAGCAAGUCUCAAAUAGAGCAGCUGCUUCUCCAAAGGACGUAUGCUGGUGACACGCCAUUCCACCUGGCAGUGUGCUCUGGGUCCAGGGAACUUGUGGAACACCUGUUGGUUCUUACACCCGACCCCAAUGCACAGGAACGUUAUGAGGGGAACACUGCACUUCAUCAGGCAUGCCGCAUGCAGCGUGAGGACCUCGCAGAGCUGUUACUCAGGUCCGGUCGGAUGCACAUAAAUGCUCAGAACUAUGCACACCAGACGGCUCUGCACUCCACCUGGCCGCUGUACAGGGCGCAGCCACACAGCAAGGCGCUGCUUCGCAUUGUAAUGUUGCUACGUGAGCAUGGGGGGCAGCCACUUCAGGAUCCUGGCUCAGAGGAUGAGGAUUCUUACGAGGAGGAAGACGAGGAGGAUGAGGACGAAGAAGAAGAUGAAGAAAGAAAUGAAGAAGGUGCCGAAGACAGACCCUUCAGGAUUAUCACACUUCUGGUGAAUGAUACAGCUCACAGUGCAUAGCAGGAUUUGAGAAUGGACGUUUGUGGUUGUGCGCAUUUUCUGCACCUGUGAGGUGUUAUUUAUGCUGAGACUCAUUUUGCAUGCCGUUUGUUGGCACGGCCGUGCUUUGUAAUAUAUAGCAUUUGAUAUGUACAUAGCUAUUUUUAUAACUGUUGCUGUACACAGAUGUAGAAUUGUAGUAUGUAUUGUCACCCCCCCUGCACAUAGGUUCCUCCUGAUGAUCUCUUACCCUGUGCACGUGCAAGCUGGACAUGUGAUGUGUGUAAAUAACUAGUGCAUAUUCUGCUCCCUGCACCUUAUGCUGAGUAGAGUGGAACAUCUUAGUAUACUUUUGAGUUGGACAUUAUCUUGCAGGUUUACUUGCUAGUGCUUACCUUCUGUUCUUAAAUUAUUGGACAGUAAUUCGAGCACAAUCUAUUCAUGACACAUUCACAGUUGAUCAUGCACCAAGCUGGCUUGAUGUUCUUGAGCACAGUGAGGUUUUCAUUUAGUGAUCAAUAUAAUGUAGGAACACCGCGACCCUGUGUCGAGCAUCAACCAGUGAAAAGUCCGCAUCACGUUUGAAAUCUGUCUGUGUCUGGUGCCACGGGGCUGAGAUUGACGUGUCAAUUUCUAUUCUUGUUUCUGUUUCUGUUUCUAUUUCUAUUCUCUAUUCUAUUCUGAGAUUGACGUGUCAAGUAUCACAGAGACUGUUCAGCUUGCAUGGUGUGCAGGUUUCAUACUUUUGUCUAAUUUCUAUCUUGCCACACCUCGGACACACAUUUUGCUUGCAUUUCAUUGGCUUGAGAAUUGGGCAGAAAGCUGCGUGCUGACAAUGUUUUCAAUGUAUAAAAAGGCUGGCCCAGUAUCUCCAGCUUUUGUAAUAUUAUAGCUUUUCAGAGCUUGACAUUUCGUUUUUUACAAGGGGUAGCUACUUUUAUGAUAAUUUUAUGGGUGGGGGUGCCUUAACGCCAGAGGCGAUUGUUAUGUACACUGCAUAUUAAAUAAGGACACUGUUUAGUGUACAAAAUGGAUACGAAAGGACCUGAUAUAAUGGUACAUAGCAUGCUUGCUAGUGGGAAAAUUCCGUACCACAUAAAAGCCUCCGUGCGGCCACACAGAAAACGCAACACAGUCUGCUUGACUUUGUUGCAUUGUGUCAUGCUUUCUGUGUUGCCCCAUGCUUGGCCAAGUAAAAAAAAUAAAAGAAAAACAAGUCUCAUGGAAAUAAAGUUGUGUACGAGACAUCCUUCAUCAGACAAAUGAUAAAUUGUUAGGUUGGAGAGAUAUCCAAAGUAGUUUUUUUUUUUAUUUAAGUCAGUGUAUCAAUUUUUUUUUUUUUUUCUAGUCUGACAUUGACGCUUGAAACAUAAAAUGCAUGCAAUGUGUGUGUUCCACUUUUCCUGUAGCACAAGUUGUAGCUCCGUAUUCUAUCGUCUCUCGCUUUUGAGUCCCGUUUGGAUCUUUGGACCGAAUGACACUGCCCGAGCUUCCUGGCAUGGAAACGAUAAAUGAUAACCAGCUGAGACUGCCCAGAAGAAAAUGUACAUAGUUUGUUGAGGAAAAAAAUCUGAAAAAAGAGAUAAAGUUUAUAUAUGUAUAAAUAUUCAUGUAAACUUAAAGAACAAAGAAGAGGACAUGUGUGUAUAUUUCUUUGACACUGAAGCCGUGUGAGUGUGUGGCGCGCUCGUGCACACAUGUGACACUGUCGGCAAGAAAAAGCGGUUCUCGGCACGGGCGAGGGUGUUUGAACUGCUGUGGAAGCUCCUAAUCUUCCAAGAAUUACGUACAAUUACUAUUACGUACAGUUACUACGUACAACUAUGGGCUUCUCAAAUUCAGCAAGCUAUGGUUUUUAACUCUUCAGAACCUAUAUCUUUCAGUCUUUUUUUAAGCGCAUUAUCUGUGGCAUAGGCCAAUAAAUGGGAAUUGAUUUGCACGUGAAUUUUAUUGUCAAAUAAAACAAGGUAUUGCCUCUAAUCUUGCGAAGCUUUUGAGAAGUUGCAUUUAGUUUGGGGAAACUAACUCUGGUUCACUUUUUUUUUUUUUUGGCUUCUAAUCUUACAGCAGUUCAAAUGCCAUUUUUGUCUUUGAUCGGAGGAAGCAGAAAUGUGGCAUUGUAACACCCUUUUUUUUUUUAUUCACACGCAAUUAAAAUUUUAAUGUUGACUGUAAUGCAUAUGCAUUGCAAAAGAAUCUGAAGGCCACAAAAAUUUAUUGAGAGACAUGCCAAGCACUUUUGGAUAAUAUUUGUACAACUUUGUAAACAGAAUAUGCUUAUUCUGCAACAUUUGCCCUUCCAAAAUUUUCAUGACGAUCUUCAGCAGCCUUGUGAAGGAGACGAAAAAAAAGUUUUUCUGCUUCCUCCGUCGGUGCUGAAAUUGCUAUGUUGACAUUCCGCUGCGCCAACAGGCUUUGAAAAUGCGUCAGAGUGUCGCUGAAGAGCAUCCUUUCCGACUGUAUGCCAACAGUCGUCAUCGGGCGUACUUGGCACAGAUGAGUGUAAAUAAGGAGAUGAUGUUACUACUCGGGGGAAAAGCGACACUCUAGCUGAAUUUGUUCUCUAUUUUUCUAAGAAAAUGAAUCGUAGCAGAACAUGUCAAGGCAGGGUGCAAAUGUAUGUGCUUGUGUAUGAUGUGAAUUAAAAUACUACGGAUCUGCUUGGUAUAAUUUGGACCGUAUGUGCUUUGAUUGUGUGUGUGUGUGGAAAUGACACCUGCUGAGCAAUGUUUUGCUACGGUUGAAAAUAAAUUCAAAAUGAUCUUGCAGAGGAACCUCAUGCAUGGUUCAUCCUGCUAAACAAAGCUUGUUCUGUGUGUGCACGUGUGUUUGUAAGCUCUAGGACAUUGGGAACUUGUUUGUUUUUAAUGUAGUGAGACAUGGAAACUUUGCCAUAUGUUUCUCUGCUGCAGCAGGGAAGAUACUGCUCAUGUGACCAGACAAAACUAUUGAGUAGAAGUUGUGUUUAGGGAUGAAAAAAAGUCUUCUCGAAUCAAACUAGACACACGGCUUCGCACAUUGUGUAAAAAUACCUGGGCUGGCAAAUGGAACACGACAGUGUAACAACAUGGGAUGCAGUUCCAAUUCAGUGUUUGUGUUUGUUUGUGAAAAUGAUUGAUUGAUUCUGUGGUUCAGCUUUUGCUCAACAAAGUCUAUACACUUUUGAUUUGUUUAACAUCGCACAAGCUUAAUUGUGGCUGGCAGACAUUGAUCCUGUGAUGUUUGCUGUCUCGGAGGGCUGUGUAGAAAUUCUUCUUCAGAAAUCCAUGCAGCUGUUCUUCCUUUGUAGCUUGUUUGACAAAAGGAAACACCUGUCUCUGUGACAGGCUGACUUAGUGCUGCACUCUUUCUGAUACAUAAUUAAACAUUGAGCUAUUGUAUAAUUACAUUCCCCCUCCGACAAAAAAAAAGAAGAGAUCCACAUUUAAGUGGCACGUGUACUGUGCUAUUGGGGCAGAAGAAACUGGUGGAACUGGAUACUGCCAGUUUCUUUAGCUAGUCACAGCACACGAGGUUUGUGACAGAAAAACACCUAGGCAGGCCAAAUCUGCGCUUAUAAAACCAAGCGUUUAUCAUUUUUUGCUGACCCUGAAUGUUUAAUGGCGUGCAAUCCUUCCCCUACUGAAUGAUAAUUGGUACUGCUGGUGAAGAACAGUGAAAGCAUUGCACAGUGAAGCUGGUUAAGCUGGCAUUGGAAAGUGCUGUGUGUAUAGGUAGAACUGGUAACGGUAUGUCGGCGAGCGUUUAGUAGAAGUCAGGCUGUGGUAUAGUCCUUUUUCUCCUCUUCCGUUGUGUAAAUAGUAGCAAACUACGCACUACUAGCAAUGUCAAUUUCUUCUACAAGAUUGUUAAACUUGUUGGACUUGAUGUCAUGUAAGGUACCUGAAUACGGUGUUAGUUUUCUGUGUAUUUAAUUAGGAAUUACGAAGAAGUGACCCUCCCCCCAAACACAAUUUCAUAUCUGAAGAAGUGACGACGGAGAAACAACAACAUUCACUUCUUCAGUUAUGUACCAUCUGGACCCUUUUGUAGCUUACACCUUCAUAUUGCUGAAGUAACCACGUUACCUAGAUUGAUGUCUUAAGAAUUAGAUGUUCUUGCUUGAUGUAGGAUGAGCACAUUUUAUAGCUUCAGAUGCUCACUUGGUCUCCGAAAGUGACCAGAAUUUCUCAGCACAGUCUGAGGCAUCCUUAUCAGCACUGUUACCAGCUACACCUCAUCAGCCCCCAGUUAGUGUCACACACAGACUGUCAUACAGUGCUGGAACUUCAGCAACCACUACACCAGUGUAGCUAGUUUCAACAUAAUACUUAAACAUGUCGUCUGAUGAAGAUUUGAUUUAAACCACAAAAAGGUUGUUGAAUGCUUACCACAUGCUCUGGUGAUAAGCCUGCUAAUGUGUUGAUAUGAGACACUGUGAAACAUCCUUAGAUAAGGAUUUCACGGUACUUUGUGUCAUAAGGAUGCUGUGGACAGUCUCCCUUUAGAUUGCUGAAUUUGGCUGAACACCACGGGAUGCACUUUUGUGCGCAAAUUUGUUAAACAGCUGUAGAUACGAUUCCAAGAGUUGCACACGUGUGGUUGAUUGCGCAUCUGCCUAAAAUGACCUCCGAUUCCCUACCCAAAUUCCCCAGAUUUCACAUUGCAUUUUAUUUCCCUGACUUCGAGACACCCGGUAUUCCCAUUCGUGUUUUGUCCUAGAACAAGACCAGCUUGUACCCUAAGAUUCCUAUAGAAUCCGAGGUUUAAUCCGUACAGGAAAGGCAGCCGUUAAAAACAUGUAGUAUUGACCGUACUACCACCUGUGCAACACUUGGCUCCGUACCUACAGCGAACGCAAGGAUUUUCGUGAAGAAGUGCACCAUGUAAAAGUUCCAAUCUCUCUGCUGUUUGUUUGCUGUUCCAAUGCAACUGAAACAACUCUGUGUUCUGCUGUGUACUUACCUUAAUUUUACUGCAACCACAAUAAACUUCUAUGGUAGCUCAUGUUAUUCAUAUAGGCCAACCUGUAUAAGGUUACAGCAUACAUACGAAUUGUGUAGCUAAAAGUAUUAAGCGAGCAAGGGCCAAAAAUUGUAUGCCGCAUGAAGUUUGUGCUGCAUUCAGUGUCUCUGAAUUGGGCAGUUUAAUAAUAUGUUUGGAGGGAAUAAAAGUACUUCUGCUUUGACAAAAUGCACUGUUCAUACUAUGUGUGAGCAAGGUUCCCUUGUCACAGUAGGAAUUUUGCUGUAACUGGGACAGUAGGAACCAGAUGUGUACUAUGAGCCCCAUCUGAAUAAAUUCACUUUGUAAGAAACUAAA